AUGGAAAACAUUCUGAGUAAAGUGGACAAAAUAGAGCCAUUCGAUCCGAAGGUGAAGGAACAGUACAACCAGUUCAAGUAUGACGUAACAAAGCAGGCGAUUGAAUCAUUGAGAGAAAGAAUUCCCCAAAGGAUAAUCUACUUUAAUACGCUGGUCAACGUAAAUGCAGAACCAGGUUCUAUUCUAGAUGUAAGGGAUCUAGAUACAAAGACAUAUAAAUAUACAUCAAAUCAGACGGAGGAAAAUGCACGAAAGAAGCAUAAGACAAGUGAUCACAAUGUCACUGAAAAAAAAAAAGACUCCAUAGAAAUGAAUACCCAAAAUGAUAUAAAUUAUGAAGAAAAAAAAAUUGUAAUAGAUGAAAAUAUUAUAUAUACACAUUACGUACCUUCACAUAAACAAAUAAGUGCAGAACUAGAAAAGAUUAAAGCAUAUUCGUCGGAACUUAUCGAAAUAAUAGGUAAUAUAAAAUUAUGGAUUCAAUUGAAUGUACCCAGAAUUGAGGAUGGGAAUAAUUUUGGUGUUGGGAUUCAAGAAGAAGCUAUACAGGAGCUGGCUAGGGUUGAAGAAAGUGCCUUCAAUUUAUAUGAUGCCAUUGUGAAGUACUAUAUGGAUAGAGCAAAAUUGGCAACCAAAGUUAUUAAGUAUCCUAAUGUACAUGACUACCAGGAAGCCGUCCAGGAAUUAGACAAGAAGGAAUGGAUUCACAUAAAAAUUACCAUUAUUGAUAUGCGCAACAAUUAUAUUAUGCUUUAUGAUUUGUUGUGUAAAAAUUGGGAGAAGGUUGUCAAGCCCAAGAAUGAAGAUGCUCAUCAUAGGAUGACUUUCUAA